AUGGCUGACUUUAACUUCGAAAAGCAAAACCUGCCACAAAAGGUUGUACAAGCGGACUCAAGUCUUGAUAUUGAGACUGGAAGGGUGUCACUACAGAGUGAAUAUGUCGAAGUUGAAGGCAAUGACCCUAUUCUCGCUGAAAAGAUUCAUCUCAUCAAUGAUGCUAUUGAUGAAAUUGGAUUUACAUGGUACCAUGCAAAGUUAUUUUGUAUUGCAGGCUGUGGUUACUCCAUAGAUUCGCAAAUGGAAAUGGUUCAAGUAACUGUUAGAGUGUACGUGGACUACCAAAUGCUAGGUUCUGGCUUCCCAAUAUCAACUGAGAUCUUCUAUGCAGGGCUCAUUGCAGGGUCUAUUGUGUUUGGUAUGGGAUGUGACCUCAUUGGUAGAAAACUGGUGUUCAAUUCCUCCAUUUUACUCACUUCAAUUUUUGGAUUUUUCACUGGAGGUACAGAUAACUACCCAAUGUACUGCAUCUUUAUGUUUCUAUCUUCGAUGGCUGCAGGAGGUAACUUGGCUACAGAUGUCUCAGUCUUUCUAGAGUACCUUCCUUCGAGGUACCAGUGGAUGAAUAGUUCCAUGGCGUUAUUCUGGGGCAUUGGACAAACCAUCGCAGCUUUGAUUUCUUGGGCUUUUAUCCCAAGUAACUCUUGUGCUGGACCUGAAUACUGUCCUUCUAGUAUAAACAGAGGAUGGAGGUACUGCUGGUACGUCAACUCUGCAAUUUGUCUACUCGCUGCUCUAGCUCGUCUCUUUUUUCUGAAGAUGGAUGAAACACCUAAGCAUUUGGUUACCACAGGAAGGGAUGCGGAAGCUGUGGAGGUUCUACAAAAGAUUGCCAACAAGUACCAGCGGACAAUGUCAUUAACACUCGAGCAACUGGAGUCAUGUGGACCCAUAAAACAAGACUAUUUUGAUCCUUCCAAAGAUGGUUAUAACAUAAAAGCACUGGGGAAAGCAAUGCUUACGAACUUGGCGAUCUUAUUCCAGAGCAAACGUGUUGCAAGAUCAACCAUUCUGAUCAUCCUUUCGUGGGCCUUUAUUGGUCUGUCUUACUCAACGUUUUACAACUUUAUCUACGUCUAUAUUGCUUCCCAUGGAGGUGACACAGCAACCUCCACUUAUAACGCUUACCGGAAUAACGUUUUAGCCAAUUUUACUGGAAUUUUCGGUCCCAUCCUAGCAGGGUUUACCAUUCUGAUUAGAUUCAAAAUGUUCAGCAGGGAGUUUGUUUUUGGAAGAAGAGGAACGAUGAUUUUCGGUUCACUGGCAUCAAUGGCUAUUCUGUUUGCGUAUACUUCUGUGAGAACUGCUGCUGGUGAUGCAGGUUUCAGUGCAGCAACGUAUUUCUUUACCAAUGUUUAUUAUGCUGCGCUGUACGCAUAUACACCUGAAGUGUUUCCAACAAAGGCAAGAGGUACAGGUGUGGGUGUAUGCUUGAUAGCUGGAAGAAUAUUUGGUGCAUUUGCCCCUGUGAUCAAUUACUUUGGUGCGCAGUCGGGUAGCUCAGUUCCGAUUUGGGUCUGUGGUGCUGUUAUAGGCUGCCUCUCGAUUCUUGCGGCGUUGAUGCCAUUUGAACCAUCACUGAAGAGAACUGUGUGA